AUGGCCGACGAAACUAGAUUAACCGGUGUUUCGUUGGGAAUAAUUAUUACUGUAAUUUCCAGUKUUAUCAAUGGGUCGACAUUUGUUCUUCAGAAAAAAGGAAUACUACGUUCACGAAACAGAGGAGGAUCCUACCUCACUGAUGCAGUGUGGUGGAGUGGCACUCUGUGCAUGAUUAUUGGUCAGAUUGGUAAUUUCCUGGCUUACAACGUGGCCCCUGCUGUGAUAGUCACACCUUUAGGGGCUCUUGGAGUUCUCUUUGGGGCUGUGCUGGCUUCCUGGAUCCUGGAGGAGCAUUUAAACCUCCUGGGGAAGCUGGGCUGUGUGUUGUGUUGCAGUGGCUCUGUGGUGCUAAUCCUCCACGCUCCUGCAGCAGCAGCAACAUCCAGACUGGAGCUAGAGACCAGGCUGUCAGAUCCAGUGUUUGUCACUUACGUGUUGUUGGUGGUCUCCAUGCUGAUCACUCUGAUCCUGUGGAUCGCCCCAGCUCGUGGAAAAUCCAACAUCAUGGUGUAUGUUGGCAUAUGUUCCCUCUUGGGAAGCUUCACCGUCCCAUGCAGCAAAGGGCUCGGUCUGGUGGCUCCGGAUCUGUUCGGGGAAGACCCGGUGAGCUCCAGGGUCCUGGCCCUGUUCCUGGGCCUGCUGGCGACGCUGGCGGUCAGCAUCCUGAUCCAGUUCUUCUUCAUCAAUAAGGCCCUUGAGUGUUUCAGCUCCAACAUAUUUGAGGCCAUUUACUACGUGACGUUCACGUCCACUGUUAUUCUUGCCUCCGGACUUCUCUUCAAGGAGUGGACUUCCCUCAGUGGGACCGACGGCCUCGCCAUGCUGUGCAGUUUGGCUACAGUGAGCGUCGGCGUGGUUUUACUUUGUAUUUCCCAGGAAGCUGUGAUCACCUGGAAACGAAAAGAACCACGAGAAAAGACGGACUGAUCGGGGUGGCUUCUAAAUGCCAUGCUACAUUCCUGUGACACUGCACUACCUCUGAUUUAACCAGCCAUAACAUUAUGACCACUGACAUUUCUAAUUAAUUAUCUGGCACAUUACAGUGUGGGGGAUAUGAAGCCAAMAGUGAUGGUUAAACAGCUACAUUAUUGUAACUCCACAGCUUUAUAUGAUGUUUAAUAAUAAUCAUACAUCAGUCAUUCACACACUGAUGAUACUAAACUACACUGUGGCCAUAGCUGCCCUGGGGUACACUGACAGAAGCGGAGCUGCCAUACUGCGCCACCGGCCCCUCUGACCACCAUUAGUACACACACACAGUUGUUUACACUUAAAUUAAAAAUAUUUGACCAAAGGAAAC